GCAGCCCUGUCUGCCAGGGAGCCAGCUUGCUGGGGGUGGCAGGGCCUCUGAGCUGAAGUGUUUUGGGGUGCAGAGGAAGCUGCCCCCCUGCAUUCCCCUGCACUGGAGCAGUGAGAACUGGCCCGGAGCCAUGGAUCCUUUAGCAGGUAGCCCUUGCCACCUUCCCAGAGGACAUCAGCACUGUGAAGAGGGUCAGCAGGUAUCCAUCAAUAAUAGUAGCUAGCUUUUGGACACUGUGGCUUACAGUGUAUGAAGUCCAUCUUCAUAUCAUCUCUAAUUUGACUUGAUAUUGACACAGGCCGUAAGGAGGGAGUGAUGUCUUUUGUUCAUAAGAAGGGGGACACUUAGGUUCAACACUCAUGGCUUCUGGCAGGGGAGUACAGGAUAAGACUGAGAAGAGCAGACUCCGUGUACCAUGUUGCUUCUCCCUCAGUAUGAGGGUUUGUUCUGUGCAUGUGGCGGGGGGCGGGGGGAGGUAGGGAGGAAGAGAAGCAGCCGUGGGCGAGGAAAUUGGGAACCUCAAUGAGCUAUUUAGAGAGAUUUAAAAAUAAUUUAUAAAAGGAGAAGGUAUGCAGUAGUUAGAAAAUUGCAGCUUGGUUAUGUUCAGCUCAUUUAGCACUAGAGAUAGUAUUCAAAAACUCAUUGAAAACAUUGCCAAUGAGCAGAGGGCCUAACUGGUUGAAAGCUAGUUAGAAAUUAGAAAACAAAAACCUGGGCCUAGGAGAGAGCCCCUCAAAUUCUGAAAAAUGAACAGAAAUCCUCAAAAUGAUGUGAAGUUACAGAAUCACCCUGUGGUUUAUCUGAGAGUUACCGAAAUGUGAAAACCAGGGCCUGAGAAAGUUUCCCCUAACCUCAUGGUGGCACUUCUGUAUCUUUCAAAACAAAACAAAACAAAAACCCAAACCCAUUGCUGCUGAGUCACUUCCGACUCAUAGCAACCCUAUAGGACAGAGUAGAACUGCCCCAUAAGGUUUCCAAGGAGCAGCUGGUAGAUUCGAACUGCAGACCUUUUGGUUAGCAGCCAAGCUCUUUACCACUGCGCCAGCAGGGCUUCUCUAUAUUCUUACUGUUUCUUUAUUCCCCCUUUAGUAGGUCUGGGAGGAACAGGAGAUGCCCUACUAUGGUCAGUUCGUCAUCUUUCACCUGUAACUCCGCACCAGCUGCUUAGUGGCCUCAGGCUAAGAUUCAUUCAUCUCAGUGUAGAGAAUGUCUUGGCCGCAUGUCCAGAAAAACUUGUAAGUUCAUUGGUUGCAGCUUCCUAUUCUCAUCUCUCCCUCGGAGACAGCCUUUCCCUGAGACCAGAACUAUUCGAAGCCCCAUGGCAAAGACCUCUUCCUUCCUGGUCACUGCUUCGAUGGGCUCUGCCAGUUUUUGCACCCGAGACUUUUUCUUGUCUGGUUCCAUGGCUGACCCUCUGAAUUGACAUUGCUUCUCUUAGCAGUGUUAACAUUUCAGUCACGUUUGUAAUCUGGGAGCCACCCUGCCGCAUCAAGGUCACCUUAUACAGCAGUGUCUAGAGCAGUCCCUGACACACGGACCCAGCCCCUGCCCAGAGCCCAGAUGUGCAUUGGAUGGGCACAGGAGCCCUGCAAGCAGCACAGAUCUGGCCCCCUGCUUCACCUGUCAGGAGCGCCUCUGCCCUGGGGGACCACCUGGAGCCUCCCUAUGAAAUAGGAGUGCGUGAUGACCUGGCUGGGCAAUCCGAUUUUCCUGCUGUCCAGGUGCCUAUCCUUCCACAAAGAGAGGGGUGCCCAGGAGAUGGGGUGACAGCAGCCAGGCCCCUGACCGACCAGUCCCAGGAGGCUGUGACUUUCAAGGAUGUGGAGGUGGUCUUCUUCCAGGAUGAGUGGGGCUGGCUGGACUCUGCCAAGAAGAACCUGUACAGGGAUGUAAUGCUGGAGAAUUAUGGGAACGUGGCUUCUCUAGUGGGGCCAUUCCCCAAACCUGCUUUGAUCUCCUGGCUGGAGGGAAGGGAGCCAUGGGGCCUGAAUGCCCAGGAUGCUCAGCAAAGAGAGAGUACAGGUGCUGCCCCUGCAGGAGGUGAGCUCCAGAUUAAGACUAACAAAUUCAUCGUAAAACGUCAACCCUUGGAAGAAGCAGAUACCUUGGCUGUGCAAUCAGGAUGCCCUGUGAUGAGUGUUUCUGAGGGAACAGGGUUUCAAGAAUCUUUUGAACAGAAGAGUAGGUUAAAGGAGCGAUGGGGACCCCCCAUGCUAAUGAGAGUUAAGAAAGAGACCGAUUUCAGUCACAGGACAGAAAAAGAGUCUGAAGAAUCAAGAGGAAGUAAUAGUCCUAACCUAAAACAUUUAACACAUUUGAGAGUUUCUAGAAAAAAGCGGUCUCUUAAACAUGGCUGUGGCAGACACUUCAGACCAAGUUCACACCACUGUGACUACAAGGAAUAUGAGAAAGGGCUCAGACACAUGAUCGGAGGGUUUAGCUUACAUCAGAGAAUUCACGUGGUACAAAAAGGGAAUGAAAAGGAUGUGUGUGGGAAAGACUACAGCCUUAGCUCUCACAACCAAGAUGGACAGAGACUUCCUCUGGUGGGGACCUUGCUUAAAUGCAGUGACUAUGGGAGGACCUUCAGUCAUGGCUCCCAUCUUGAAUGUCAUCAGAGACUUCACGUUCAAGAGAAACUGUUUAAAUGCAGGGUGUGUGGAAAAGCCUUUAGGUGGAGCUCAAACUGCGCACGACAUGAGAAAAUUCACACUGGACUGAAACCUUAUAAGUGCAGUUUAUGUGAGAAAGCUUUCCGACGCAGGUCAGCCUACCGUCUGCACCAGGAAACCCAUGCUAAGCAGGAAUUUCUUGAAUCUAAUCAAAAUGGGGAAGCUUUCACCUGUGGCUCAGGACUUGAUCAUCAUUUGAGAGACCACAGUGGGAAGAAACCCUUUGACUGCAGCCAGUGUAGGAAAUCUUUCCACUGUAAAUCCUAUGUUCUUGAACAUCAAAGGAUUCACACCCAGGAGAAACCUUAUGUGUGUACCAAGUGUAGGAAAACUUUUAGGUGGAGGUCAAACUUUACUCGUCAUAUGAGAAUGCACAAGGAGAAAAAGCUGUACGAGCAAGGCAAAUAUAGGGAAGACUUCAGGCAGACCUCCAGCUGCAGCCAGCCCCUCAAGGCCCCCACUGAGGAGAAAACUUUUCUGUGUCAGCAAUGUGGGAAAACCUUUACUCGAAAGAAAUCCCUUGUUGAUCAUCAGAGAAUUCACACAGGUGAAAAACCAUACCAAUGUAGUGAAUGUGGGAAAGAGUUUACCCAUAGGUCAGCCUUUAUUGUUCAUAAGAAAAGGCACGCCAUUAAAAGAAAACCUGAGGGGGAGCCAUUGUUUAGUCAGGACCAAGUGUUCCAAGGUUCUCAGAGCCAUCAUGCCACAGAGAAAUCCUAUAAAUGUAGCCAGUGUGGCAAAGCCUUCCGUAAUCUCUCGUUCCUCCUCAUCCAUCAAAGAAUCCACACCAGAGAGAAGCCUUAUCAGUGCAGGGAAUGUGGGAAAGCCUUCAGAUGGAGUUCCAACCUCUCCCGACAUCAUAGGAGUCACUCUUUUGGAAAACGUUACGAAUACCAUGAAUGUGAGAAAACUCCAAAUAUGCAGCCGAAAAUCCUCACCAAUGAGAAACCUUUUUGGUGUGAAGAAUGUGGGAAAACCUUUACUCGUAAAAGAACUCUUUUAGAUCAUAAGGGGAUACACAGUGGAGAGAAGCGCUAUAAAUGUAAUCUGUGUGGGAAAUCUUAUGAUAGAAAUUAUCGCCUUGUUAAUCAUCAGAGAAUUCACAGUAAAGAGAGACCUUUUAAAUGCCAGUGGUGUGGGAAAGACUUCAUGGGAAGAAACACCCUCUAUGUACAUGAGAGAAAACACACCAGAGCGUCACAGUCCAAACGCAGCCCGUCUGGGUUGUCUUCUUGCCAGGACACAGGGUUGAGUUUACAGGAAUUCAAACCCAGUGAGGAGAAGCCUCUUGAGGAUUUUGAGGAAGCUCGUGGCCAGAGCUCUAGGCCCACCGGACUCCAGAACGUACCCGCUGGAAAAAAGUGCCACAAAUGUAACAUAUGUGGGAAAUCUUUUAAGAAAGGUUCGCAACUCAUUAGCCACAAGAGAUUUCAUACUCGAGAGAGACCCUUCAAAUGCAGAGAGUGUGGGAAGACCUUCAGGUGGUCUUCAAAUUUGGCUCGGCAUGUGAAAAACCAUACUAGAGACUAGCCUGGGGCCUGACAGUGUGGAAGUGUUCCUAGCUACCCUGCUAGAGAACCCUUAAUUGAAGGCAGCAUGGGAAAAACCUUCACAGAGGGCCCAGCCCUUCCUAACUUGGAAGCUGGUGGCAGAGAAUCCUAAGGAUUUAAAAACUCAGGCAGCCCCUUCCUGUCCACUGGGAAGUGAGAUGCUGGGGAAGAGCAGCAACAUGUUCUUUGGGGCCCUUCUGGAGGUUCAGACUUCCAGGAGAGGCCUUUGUUCAAUGACCUAGGGCUCCCCCAGCCAGGAUUCCUUCCACAGCUUUAAAAGGAGAGACCAUUGCCCUUUGUGGUUGGACAGAAUGUGGCAUGGCGGCUGUGGCUGCUGGGAAGGGGCCAGGUGGAUCCUAAGUUUCUCUUUUAAGUUUGGCCUGUGAUGGUGCUUGUUCUGUUUGACCUCAUAAAUGGCAGCUUCAGGAUCAAGAACUCCUCCUGGUCUCCCCAGAUUCCUCCUGAGGAGUUCUGGCUGGAGGUUCAGGCUUCACAGCUGGCUUUUGGAUAUCUGUUACGGGCACGGACAGUCAUCUGAGUGGCAAGUGGAGGAAGAAAAUGUCUUCAGUGGAGUACAGGUAAUCUUGUUGUCUGGAUUGCCAUGAAAUCCAGAAAUGGUGGAAAUAAAGGCUCUGGUAUUAGGUGGAGGAGGGAUAGAUAUUGGGGCAGGCCCCUUAGUGUGUCUGCCUUGACCCUGGGUGCAUGUCUCGGCUCUUAGCUUUCCAGGGAAAGCAUCUCCUCUUGGUAUUGUGCCAGUUCAGCCUUCUACACUCAGCUUUGUACUCAGGAAGGAUUGGUGGUCUGGAUUGAAGCAGGCUGUCUGCCCAGCCAGGAAGAGCCCCUUCUCUGGUUGACCUACCCUCCCCCUUGCCUUCCUACAGUAGCGGCUGCCUAUGGCCUGGAACCAGGUGUCCCAUCACUGGGAUGAUACCAAAAAGCUGGCACUGAAAGUGGUUGGGCAGAGCCAGGGUCAUGGGAAGGGCCUUGGAGCCAUCAGCUCUUGGGUUCUAGGCUCAGGGUAGCCUUUUGUUGGUAGAGUGAUCUAAGUCACUGAACCUCUGUGUCUAUUUCCUCGUGUGUACAGUUGGAGUGCUUGGCUGGCUGCCUGGCUCCUGGGGCUGGUGAGAACAAGGGCUGAUUAACUAAGGUGCUGGGCUUGGCUGGGCAGCUGGUCUCUAGGACCAGAGCCCUCACAGAGGCGGAGCUCCCAGGCCAGCUGGUGCCACAACCAAGGAAACACCUUUUUUCUGUCCACGUUUUUUGUUCCUCCACUCACUCCCUGUCCCUCCCAGCACCUCAUAGAGUUCUUGCCCCAAUAGGAGUGUUUUACUACCAUUUUAAUAGAAUAAGAUAUACUUAUUUUUAAGCAUUCAAAUCCAAUUUUAAAAUGUACAAAGAUUAAAAGUAAAAAUCAACAGAAGUCCCUGUAUACUAAGGCGAGCUGUUAAUAUUCUGGGGAUCAUACUGAUACAGUCUGUUCAAUAGCCUGAGGUUUCAAAGGAAUCUUAGUUAUUAUGUAAUAUGUGAUUAUUAUAGGAAUAUUAGUAAAUAUAGAUUAGCUGAAAGGAAAAAAUAGUAAUCAUGUGACUGGUGCUAACUAUUGAACAUUUUGGUAUAAUCAGUGUUGGAUUGAACUUCACUACUCUUCCCUGAAUACCUGUGCACUGUCCUGCCUCUUGGGCUGUCUCCUGUCACCUGCAGUGCUACCCCUCUUUCUGCUGGCCCAGGUCCUCACUCUGUAAGGCCUGGCCUUCCCUGACCUUCAUCCCUCCUCCCUCCUCUGACCCCUAUCCCCAGGCCCCAGCUCUCCUAGGGCCUGCGCCUCUCUGCUGGGUAUUGUCUGGGUUUCCAGCCAUGCUCAUCACCGCAGGCAGACCAAGCUCUCUGAAGGCCAGAGUUGGGUGAUUAUUUAUCUCUGUUUGCUGUGCAGAGGAGAUUUUGUACAAAGAUGCCUCUGUUACGGACUACAGAGCUGUAUUUAGUUCAGCUAAGUUAGCUUUGGAGUUUUUUGAGGGGUCUCCUGAAUGAAAUGUUGACUGGGAGCUACCCACAACCACACUCCUGCUGGUGAGGAACCCAGCUAUGGAUGGUUCUGAGCUGUGUGGCUCCAGUUGACAGUUUCUGACUGCUCCGGCCACCAGUUCUCAUCUUGUACACCAUCCUGGCCUGGGAAACAUGCAGGCUUCUUCCAACCCUGCCCACUUCAACUUAGGAGGAACUGAAGUGAGGUUGGGGAGAGCCAGAGGGACUGGGACAAGCACAGUCCCAAGAGGAGUGGGGAUCAAAAGGGCUUUUGGUCAGGUGUUCAGUGCAGUUGGCCACCCCCUUGCUGACAGAGACUGGCAGAGGCAUAUGCAGAGAAGGAAGCACGGGAAAUGCACGUUCUUAUCAUCUCACAACCAUCAAGUUGGCAAAUUUUUAAAAGUCCAAGUGUGGGUAAGUGUAUGGACCAGUGGGAACUCACACUGCUGUGAAUGGAAAUUGUGCCAAGCAGUUUGCGAAAUCUUGUAACGUUGUGUGUUCUCUACCAGUUAACAGCUCCACUCCUGGAUACACCCUAGAGCAACUCCUUUAUGUGAAGAAGGAGGCAAGUAUAAGACAGUUCUUUGCAGCACUGUUUAGGUAGCAAGAUGGGGAAAAGCCUAAAUUCCAUCAGCAGAAGAACAGAUAAAUAAAUGGUUGUUUCUGGUACUUGGGAAAGUGAGUAUGAAAGAACUAGGGUUAUAUCUUUCAAUACAAAUAAAAAACAAUACUAAGAAAUUGCAGAAACUACGUAACACAUGCAAUACACCAUUUAUGUAAAGCCUACUGCGUAUCUGGGGUCACGUUACUUAAACUUACUUGUGUUUCACUUUAUCUGUAAAGUGGGAUAGAAGUGCCAACUUCUGUCUGAAGUAACGGGGGGUUAAUGAAAUAAUGCACGUAAAGCACUUAGAAUAGUAGCUGGUAUGUAAGCAUUGGUGGCAGAGAGUAAAACGUUACUAUCAUUGUCUUGCACAAUACUGUAUUUUCUGUAGAUCAAAUUCUAUGAAAUAAGAGUGUAAAGUCAUGCAUUGGAAUAAGUGUAAAGGGCACUGCCCUGCCUUCCCAGGGCAGGAGACCCAGGGUACAUGGGCCUUCAGUUGUUUUCUUUUUUUAAAUGGGUGCAGAUGUGUCACAGUGUUGACUUAAUACAGUGUGGUGGGCUCUUUUUAACUGUUUGCUCAAACUGUUUCAAAAUAAAAAUAUUUUUAAGCAUGGACACUGGCAUCUUACGGUUUUAUAGAAAUCCCCCUUCUGCAGUUUACUGGUGAUGUUACUUAGAGGGAACCACUUAAUCCCUUGAGGCUUUGGUUCCCCUAUCUGCAAAAAUUGGGAGCUACACAAAUGGCUGUUAGGAAUGGGAUGGUUAAACGGUCUGGGACAUCCGUUAUGGAAUACGGUGCACCAGUUAAAAAGAGUCAGGGUGCUCAUCACGGACAGACAUGAGAUUUCCUAGACCUUCGGUGUGGAGGAAAUGAAUAAGCCCUAUUUUCUUCAAUUCCUCCUUGUUUGGAAGUAACAAGUGAAGCCAAAAGCUACAGACUCAUAAGCUUGAUGAAGGAAUGG